CAACCCCCAACAAGACAAGGAAGAUAGUGAAGACGGUCACAACAACAACAUGGACUCUCAUCCAAGUUUAGUGAUUGUGAACACACAUGAUCAAAAUGUAACUGAUAUUGUUAAAGUAUGACUAUGAAAACCGUUUCGUUGAUGGGACGAAGUAUUAAGUACACAUGGAUGACCCUGACAGUCAUGUUCGAGACUCCUGUUCUUGAAUUGUGAUGGAAGCCACUCCAGAUAGUUCUUCUGGCCAUUGUUCCAAAAGCUCAUCCUCUGGCAAAUAACCAUGCUGUUCGAGUUCUUGCUUCUCCAUUCUUCCGUCGUACUACUUGCCUUAUUUACCAAGAGGACGCUUACUAUAAAGGAGAUAUUACCAAGGACGCUUGCAAACUCCCUACUGCAACCUAUUGUCGUAUGGGGGGGUGUUAUAUCUUUGAAAUUGGUCAUCCUGUGUUAUUUAAAUAUUGUAUUCUGGAGGUGGAAUGUGUUCCAGAGCCUACUUUAAGUACCAGUGGAAUCCAGUGCUGGCACUGGGAGCUGGAGAAUAAAUAUUACACAGCUUCUGUUCAGAUAGCAGCUGUGUCACACCCACAACAAUGUUUGCCAUGGAUCCACAAGCAUGGUGAAGCUCUUCUGGUGUACUGUGAUUCAACACAGAGAGAUGUUUUGGAGAGGUUAAAUGAAUUAAUAGAAAUUAUUGGAGACUUUGAGCCUGAAGUACAGCUACUGGUAUGUGAGGCAUGUACCUCAGAGCAAACUAAUGACAGUGCUGCUCUAUCUAGAAUAAAAGCCCAACAGUGGUGUAUUGCAAAUGGGUGGGAGCUAAUAGAAUUGAAUCCAGUUACAACUGAACAAGAUGACUUUGACGAAGAUGACGAUUUCCCUGAGAGCUGGGGCUUCAAACGUAUUCGUCAAGCUUUGCAUGCCCACACAUGGUCCAACCUCAACAUGAAAGAUUGCCAUGGGAGUAGGUUGACUGCGGUUCUACAGUCUGUUGGCUCAAUGGAAGAUAAGAACAAUGACAUCGUUCAUGAAGCAGAUGAAAUGAUGUACUCAAGAUUAUCCGAGUUGGCACUAAAUGAUGGUGCAAGUGAACACGUCUCUGCCGGCAGCAGAUUGCAAGACAGCGAGGAGCAAGAUGAUGACUUAGAUAGUUUAGUAGUUCCAACCCAUUUAGAAGAGUGUCUUGAUGGAGAAGAUGGUGAUUUUGAAAGUCUGUUCUCCAAUUUUGAGCAUCUAAAGAGAACAGCAGCUACACUUCCCCCAGACCAGCGAAGAGACUAUGCUGAAAAAGUAGCUGUUGCAUUUUGGAGAGCAAUAGGUGGUGAUGAUGACGAGGUUAAUUGUUCCGAUGCUGAUUAAAAUUACACUUAUUCAAAUGAAUAUUAUCAAAGUAUAUUCACAGAAUGCACUAAACCUACAUGAUUCAUCUGCAUUCCAGUGACUUUUUUUUUUGUACAUUAUUGUAUGUAUGUAUGUGAAUUUAUUCCUAUUAAAAAAAAAAUGUCCAGUAAGAUGGACAGGAGGCUUGAACCAUGGUCCUGGGAUUAUCAGGUCCAACACUACCGCUGAGCUACAGAGCAUUCGGAAACAGUAAUUUUGUACAUGGUUUCCAUUGCCAGCACCGGCUGUAACUUGACUGACUUCUCACAGCCCAGGAGCUUUUGCAGUACAUUCGUCCCCCCCCCUCCCCAUAUACAGGCAGGCCCCACUUUACAGCAUUUUGCUAAUACAGUGGUUUUCAAUUUUACCCAUUCUUCAUUUAUUCAGACUUUCUACAUUAAAUAUAUUCACCACUCAGUGUAAACUAAGGAUGAAAAUAUUUUAAGUAGUGUGUGUAUUGUACAUGCAUUUUUUAGGCCUAGCUAUAUCGCUCACUUAAUACAGUGGAACCUCAAAAAUCGAACGUAUCACAUACCGAACGUUUCAAAAAUAGGACCAUUUUUUUGGACAAACUGUGUCCCUAUUAUCGAACGCGCCCCUAUUUUCGAACCACCGGGUACAGGACCUGUGCCGGGCCGCUCUGUCCGCGUCCCCGCGCAGGCGCCGUGAGCAGUCUAGCUUUGUUUAUGCUUGAGUGAACACUAACCUGCGCUCUCAUUCACGCAUUUUACGAUUAUUUCAUUGUGUUUGGUGCUUGUGGGACUGUGAAAUAAGCUGCCAUGGGCCCAAAGAAACUUGCUAGUGGUACCCCUGUGGUAAAGAAAGUGAGAAACACCAUAGAUGUGAAGAAGAAAAUAAUACAAAAGUAUGAGAGUGGUGUGAGACUUGUUGAGCUUGCCAGGAUGUAUGGGAAAAACAAGUCAACCAUCGGUUCUAUCCUGUCAAAGAAAGAACAAAUCAAGGAAGCUGAUGUUGUAAAAGGUGUUAAUAUAGGGAGUGGAUGAGGUGCCUUCUUCAAAGAUUAAGGAGAUUUGUGCCAAGUGGAAUGAUGUCCAAAUGUUUGUGCAAAAGUACCACCCUGAGCAAGCUGAAACAAGCCAUCUUUGCAACAAGUUCAGUGACAGGACCAUGUCCCAUUUUAGGGAAAUGUUAAAGAGGCACCAGAAACAGAGGACUGUGGACAGUUAUUUUGUGAGACAGGGGUCCAGUGACUCUCAAGCUGGUCCUAGUGGCAUUAAAAGACAGAGAAGGGAAGUAACCCCAGAGAGGGCUUUACCUGAAGUCCUCAUGGAGGGGGAUUCUCCUUUCAAACACUAACCCCAACUCCCUCUCUCCUCCUCCUCCCUAUCCUCCAGAUGCCAUCACCAAUCUUCAAUAAAGGUAAGUAAAAAUGUUUUUUUUAUAUGUAUUACUAUACAUAAUUAAAAACUAUAGUAUUUAUUGUAUGUAAAACUGUAAUUAAUCUCUAUAAAAUGUAUUUUUUGCGUGAAUAUUUUUGGGUUUCUGGAAUGGAUUAAUUGUAUUUCCAUUAUUUCUUAUGGGAAAUAUUGCUUCGAAUUUCAGACUUUUCAAAUUUAGAACUAGCUCCUGGAAUGGAUUAGGUUCGAUUUUUGAGGUUCCACUGUAUAUGAUAAUGUAAACAUGUUGUCAGGCUUUUGUAUGCAUUUGAAAAUAAAGAAAAAGGCUGUGAUUCACUUUACAGUGAUCAUCACUUUACAGCGGCAGCCCAGAACCUAACCUGUUGUGUAAACGGGGCCCUCCUGCCAUCUGUGAACUCAGUGUGUCAUAAUAAAUAACUAUGAACUCAGUUAAGGCAUAAUAAUGAUUUAAACUGUUCAAAUCUAAUUCUUAUAGUUGAUUUUCUUUGAUUUUAUACAGUGCCUGAUGAUGGAAUGAGUUAGCCUCUAAACUAGUUGUGUAUAAAUGUUUCAAGUAACAGUGCUGGUUUUCAUCUUAUAAGACUCCAUUUCCCAAGGAACUCAUAGACUGUAUGUGGCUUUGAGGGCAAUAAGGAUAGAUUUACUGUGAAAGCUCCUGGGCUGUGGGGAAGAAUCACUAGGGUUACAGUUGGUGCCACUUACAGAAAACAUGUACAGAAGUACUGUUUCUAAAUCUCAUUAUUAGAAGCUCUGUAGCUCAGUGGUAAAGCUUUGGACCUGUCAAUCCCAGGACCACAGUUCAAACUCCCUUAUCCAACUUUCUUUAUUCAUUUACAGUCAUUUAUUACAACUUAAACUGAAUUCAUUGUACAGUAUAUGGGAACUUUAUAGGUAAAACAAAACAUUAAUUUUUAAUAUUAUGCAUUGUAUAUUAUUGUAAGCAGAGAACUGAUGAGUUAUGUUUUAGGGUCACAUGUAAUAUUGUAUGAAAAUAAUAAAUAUCUAUCACCUAACAUU